AUGCUCCCGCUAUGUGAUGUCAUUGAUGGUACCAAUGUUUCGGAGGAAUGGGGAGAGAAGAACCUUGACUUAGAAGGGACUAACGAUGUGGAAUGGGCCAAAGCAAAAAAUAAGAAGGGUAAGGAAUUUGGUGGGAAAUGGGCACAUGGUGCGUUUGCCCGAGAGGGACGGAAGAGCAAACGAGAGAUGUGGCAGUCUUUGGUACACCGGAUCCUUGGACGGAGCUGUCUGACAUGUCUUAGGAUGAUAUUAUCUAAUAAUAUUCAGGUCGUUGACUGCAUAAAAGGUCUCUCGCAUGUUCCUGUCCGGAAAUUUGCUCCACUUUGCAAUUUCAUCACCGUAUGUGAGCAAGAGGAACUUAAGAUCCAGAAGGUCUGA